AUGGGUGAUGAAAAAAUGGCAGUUAGACUCAUUUUAUGCAACCUAAGAAAAGAAGAACUGAAUGUAAGGGCAGCGACAAAAGAAAUUGAUGAUAUGGAAGGCUCAGGAACUGUCAAUAAACGUGUGGCACAAAACUGGUUCAGACGUUUCAAGGACGGUGAUACCAGCCUCGAAGACAAACCCAGCUCAGGGAGACCUUCUGUAGUGGAAGAUGAGAUCUUACUUGAAAUGUUUGAACAACAGCUAAGCACAAGCACUCGUACAUUGUCCUCAGUACUUGGUCCUUCACAUAGCACCGUAAAUCUCGACACCUCCAUCGCUCGGUCUUGUGAACAGACACUAUCAAGAAGCUACUCCUGA